CAGUAACUGGUCACACUCUUCAGUAGACCCAACGCUUUUCUCUCGUCGUGUGUGCUGUUUGCGGUGCUAGCGCACUGCAUUUUUUAUAUUCAUUUUUAAGGCACAAUUUUUUGCAAACAACUGCAAAACGUUCUUAGUCAAAUAAAUUAACUGUGUACGGCGCAUUUAGUCAAUGUGAUAGCUAAAAGGCGCCACAUAGUUAACACCACAAGUGUUCAAUUUUUACCCAAUUAUUCAAAUCAAAGUGCGGCAAAGAAAAAAAAUAUAAAAUAAAAGAAAACCAAAACGAAUUCCAAGAAUUCCCAAGCAAAUAAUCAAAAUAUUCAAAUUUAACGAAUUGCCAAAGCUUUAACGCGCAAAUUAAAUUUAAAUUGGCUUUAAAAUAAUUAAAAAAAAAAAAAAAAACAAUUGUUAGUGCAGGAAAAAGAAGCGAGACCAACCGAUCCCCCGACAUAGGGUGGAAAACCGUGAAAAGUGUUUGUGUGUAAGCCUUGGUGUGAGAGUCUGUAUAAAAAACGAAAAGUAGAAGAAUUGUGCGUCGGUGUAAAUGUUGAGGAAACCCGUUGCGAAAAAUGUGCGAGCAACAAUUGAAGGCUGUUUCCGUUCAUCUCGGACGGCAUGCGUAGCCAGGCUUUAAAUCCAGUUUUAUACGAGAGGCAAAAUUGAAUCGACAACAACAAUAAGAAGAAGAGUCACAACAACAAACGCCAAAUUGCUUUGUGGACCCUUUUCGCCUGGCACUUAGCACGGAAUUCGCCGCCCGCAGAGGUCUUUUCCGCCACCGCCACCGCCGUCUGGUGGUUAUUCCUGUUUGACUUCAUUUUCGCUCGCUGCCAAAUUGCUGCCACUUUCGCCGCAAACUUAUAAACAACAACAAUAACACAACAGUCAAAAUGUCGACGCGUUCGCAAUUAACCAAGGACCUCAAUGAAAGCGUUAAAUCCAUUCUGGGUCGACACACAAAGAUCUUGGUCAAGUAUAUGGUCAAAUUGGAAACGAAAGGCGAUAAAACAGAGAAUCGUGUCUUGGUUUUUACGCCCGUUCGCAUUUAUUUGCUCAGCGCCAAAGUGCCCACAAAGAUCGAAUGCCAUUUCCAUUAUCUGGACAUUGUGGGCGUCGAGAGCAAAAAGUCAACACAUUUCUCGAUCAUCACGAACGAUCGUCCAUAUUCGUUUGUCACCACCGGCGACGCGGGCAACUUCAGCUCGAAUGCUGAUGUCAUUCUGACCGAUCUAGCCUCGGCGAUCAAGCAAAUAUUUCCAACAGUUCCUCUCAAGUACAUCAUUAAAAAGAUCGACAUACAGCCGCCAGAGCGGGAGACAAUAUUCUCAGAGGAAUUUCGUCCCUCGGAUCCGCGCAAUGUUGGUCCCUGCGGCGGCUUCAGCGCUCAAUAUGCCUGCAUGUGCGACUUCCAUGGGGUGCCCUACCGCGAGGAGGUCGCCUGGGAUGUGGACACGAUUUACCUGUCCCACGAUACACGGUUGCUCAAUCUGCGUGAUUUCGAUCAUCUGGAGCCCAAAGACUUGAUGGCCAUUGUCUCGGCACUGGAGUAUAAUACCUUUUUUCGUGGCUUAAAGGCGGCUCACAUGCGUCUCUCCCAUGAGACGCUGGAGCGCAUUCUGCACGUGCUCAAGCGUUCAAUGUGGCUAGAGGAGCUGCAUCUGGAGGCACUAGGUUUAAGAUGGGAUUUCUUGAAUAAGCUAUCCAUAUCUGUGAUUACGAACAGCAGUCCAGCGAUACGCACCAUCGAUUUGAGUCACAACAUAAUCGAGGACAAAGGAGCUAGCUCAUUGUGCGCUCUACUCGGAAAGAUUGUACAAGGCGCUAUACAUUUGGCUGGACCCAUAGCCAAGGUAUCAAAGGGUCUCUGCAAAUUGGCCCUCGCUCAUUGCGGUCUCACCUCGAAGGGUGUCAAUCAGAUGUCGCAUUCGCUCUCGCUCAAUCAAAGUAUUUCUAACUCGCUCACCUAUUUGGAUCUGAGUGGUAACAGUCUGAAGGAUGACAUAACCAAUUUGCACAAUUUCUUGGCUCAACCCAAUGUGCUGGAGCAUCUGGAUCUGGCAUCGACUGAUAUUACGCUAGAAAAUCUAUUUGGAGCUCUCUUGCGAGGCUGUGCCACGCACCUGUCGCAUCUGAAUGUCUCGCACAACUCAUUUAGCACGAAGAAAGGCAAAGAGAUACCGCCCUCGUUCAAGCAGUUCUUUACCAGCACGCUGAGCUUGAAGCAUUUGAACAUAGCCGGAUGCAAGCUGCCCAUGGAGGCGCUCAAGAAUCUGUUGCUGGGUCUCGCCUGCAAUGAGUCGACGACGGGACUUCAUCUCGAUCUUAGCAGCAAUACGCUGGGUGCCCAGGGUGCUCACGUCCUGGAAUCCUGCAUACACGGUGUGCGUGUGCUGCAGAGCCUGGAUAUCAGCGACAAUAAUUUGGAUGCGGAGUUGGCGCCUGUGCUGUCAGCCAUAUCAAAGAAUCCCUCGAUACGUUCGCUGCAUCUGAUGCGCAGUCUGACGGGCAUGAAGCCCAAGCAUAUACCCACAGUGAUGGAUGCCCUAGUAAAUCUGAUCCAGAAGGAUGAUUUCCCACUGGUGGAGCUGGUGCUGUCGGAGAAUAAGUUGAAGCAUGAUCUGCACGACUUCAUCAACGCACUGGGCAGCAAUCAGAGUCUGCAGAAGCUGGAUAUCAGUGGCAACUACAUGGGCGAUGUGGGUGCACGCCUCCUGGCCAAGGCACUGCAGAUCAAUAAUCGAUUGCGCACCAUUUACCUGGACAAGAACAGUGUCACCCUGCAAGGCUAUGCCGACAUUGUUUACGCUUUGGAGAAUAAUCAUAGCAUGCGUACGAUUCCAUUUCCGGUAUUCGAUAUAGCGCCGCAUCUGAAGAAUCAUCCGGAUAAAACAGAUGCUGUAAUGCGAAAGAUGCAGGAGCUGCUGCAGCGAAACUGCAACGGGCUAAAACGUCAAGGAUUUAGGCUGCAGCACGGCUUUAUGCUCUCCUCCACACAUCAGCUGGUGGACAAGCUGGUAGCCGAGACACAGGAUACGAUUUCGAUAGCCAAAGGUGGCGGCGACAAUGUUUCAGCAGUGCAACGUUUGAUUACAGAUGCAGAGAAUUGUAAACAGCUGAUGCCCAAACUGCAGGAGGCUGUGCGCAGCGAUGCUCAUCCCAUCGAAACGAAAUUGACGCGUGUCGCCAGCGAACUGAGCUACACGAUUCGCAGCUAUCUGGAGGAGACAUUGGAGACAAUGAUACGCACGGGCAUUGAGCAGUGUCCCAAAACGCUGGGCAAUCAAAUUGUUAUUCAGGACCUGCGCAAAGCGCUCAAUGAGCGUCUCCAAAUACCCGAAGAUUUUCUGCAAAACUGUUUGCUCAACAAUGCCGGCAGCGAGAUUAUGAAUAAAGUUGGUGAAAUAGAGCAAUCGCUAGCAGCUGCUAUUUCGGAUCGCGCUACAGAUGAGGUGUUGGAGGCACUAACGCGCUAUCGUCGCGGUCAUGGUAUUUCGGAAUCGCCAUCGGUGCUGCUGGAUGAGCCGCAGACGCCGGACAUUGUUCGCAGUCGUUCCAGUCAUGAAGCUGAAGGCCUUAUCAUACGACCCGGCGGACGCGGCUCCGUUUUGCCCAAACUGGGCCUGGAAUCGCCCACUAAAUUGGAAUAUCUGAACCUUGCCACGCCGCAUUUGCCGUCGAAACGUCGCUCGAUUGCCCGCAAGGUACGUCCCCAAUCGGUGGUCGAGAAUCUCAGCUUGAGCCAUAUUCCUGAUCUGUUGGAGUCGCCCUCGUCGCAUCGUUCCAACUCACAGCUGUCAUCGCGUGGCGUUGCAAUAGGGUCCGCAGCAUCAGCAGCCGGUGGUGGUGCCUCGGCUAUCAACAUGAUGACCAGCAGCACCAGCAAUGCGGCCAUGGACGAUGGCAAUGUGGAUGAGGGCUGUGAUUCCAUAACGGAGCUGCCGAGCGCCUCGUUUCAGCUGCAACAUCUGGUCAAGGGACGCCCCAAACGGGCUAAGACGCGUGCUCCAACACGUCCGCUCGUGAACGCGGAAUGCGCUGUCGGUGCAGUGCGAGACAUUGGCGAUGGCUUGGAGCAUUUCUUUAGGCCCGGCUCUGUAACGCCCACAACCCUAACACCACUCGUGUCACCCACAUCCGAGGAAUGCAGCUCGUUGUCAUUUGUGGACAGCCCGACGAUGAGUCGUGAUGGCAAUGGCCACAUGACCUCGGAGGAGACAACGCCCAUCCUAGAGGAAAGAAGGCCCAUCAAACUGGAGCGCCAGUCGCCUUUGCUCAAGAGUGCAUCCUGGGCCACACGUUCGCGAUCCACGGACAAUCUGGAGAAGUAUUCACCGCUGGUGGGUCGCAAAUCGCCGCUGGUCAAAAUGCGCACAGAGGGCGGCGCAGGCAAUGAGGAGGCAGCAACUCCAGCUGCAGCCACUGGAGGCCUACUAAAGGCAGCCACUCGCGAUGAGAAGAUGCGUUCGCCCAGUAGCGAUUCGAUCAAGAGCCAUGCAACAGGCAGCAGUUCGCUGGCCGUGGGCACCGAUGGCAGCCUGUUGGUAAAGACUGCAACUGGCAAUGGCAUCUUGCGCACGCCCAUUGCUCUGCAGAAGCCUCGACCCUGGUCUGUCGUAGGCACCGAACCGAAGGCGAACAACGAACAGCUGCCCACAGGCAAUGGCAGCGUGGACUCUAGCAAGACAACGCCGGAUACGCUGGAAGAAGAUGUGGAGGUGUUGUCCUUUGGUCAGGGCGUUGGCGGUUCCAUUGUGGGUAUAACACCAGGCAUUGCCUUGGCAUCAGGCGGCAGCGGCGGUGGCAGCAUUGUGGGCAUAACGCCAGGAGCUGCUUUAGAGAAGAAGUCGGUGCGAGAGCUAGCCGCAGGCCUUAGUCGUUUGGAUCUGCCCAUCAAGCCGCCCAUUAUGCCGCGAACUAUGUUGAACACAGGCAAUCGCGCGAGCAACAGCAGCAGUACCAGCAGCAUGUCCAGCAACACAGCCAACAACAUGGCUAACACCACAACGAUGACAACGACGACCACAGUAUUAAACAAUCAGACGCGCUCGAAGAUCGUCAGCACGAGCAGCACCAAUACCGAGACGCAGGAGACGCUCAGCAAAACGAUUAUAACAGAACAUGGAAGCAGCUCCAGCUCAAGUUCGAGCAGCACAGGUCAUGCCAUAGCCUGCGCGAAUCUCAUUAGCAACGAGAUUCUGAGCAUGCGCAACGGGCAGCUGAACAAAGCGAACAGCUGCGCUGAGAGCAACGCGAAGAGAAUUGCAGGCAAAGAGAUCUCAACGCUAUUCGAGGAGACAUUAGUUGAAGGCCUGCAACGCACCUCGACGAGACGCACGUUUAGAGACUCGCCCUAUACGAAAGAGGAUGUCGUUGAUUUAUAAAACUGUCUAUUAUAUAUAGUAUAUAUAUAUAUAUAACUCAACAUUCCUUCGACCCGUAAACCUUGAUUCCCCCUCAAAAACACCAGACUUCAAGUUAUAAUGAUAAUGUUUAUGAUAAUAACGGUAAAGAUAAUGAGCAAAACGGUUGCAACUAUUCGUACUGAACAAUUUAAUUUAUGUGCAAUGGCGCCAGCGUGUGUGUGAGUGUGUGUGCGUGGGUGACUGUGUUUGUCAGCGAGUGUGAAUGGGUGUGUGUUCUUGUUUCUUUCUUAUUUUAAUCUUUGGCAAUUUUCAAAUGGACGUGAUUUAUUUAUUUAUACUUUUUAUCCCAAAUAAACUUUUUGCAUAUAUUUAUAAA